AUGAGAAAACAUGGAGUUACUGAAUCAAGGCUCCAGCUACUGCGAGAUGUUAGCGGCUCUUUCAGACCAGGAGUUCUAACAGCAUUGAUGGGGAUUACUGGUGCGGGGAAAAUAACAUUACUAGAUGUUUUGUCUGACCGAAAAACUGGAGGUCACAUUGAAGGAGUUAUCAGCAUAUGUGGCUACCAAAAGAAGCAUGAAACAUUCUCAAGAAUCACAGGUUAUUGCGAGCAGAGUGACAUACACUCACCUUAUCUAACGGUAUAUGAAUCACUCAAGUUCUCUGCGUCCCUUCGUCUGCCUUCAGUUGUUAAAUCUCAUCAGAGAGAUAUGUACGUAGAAGAAGUUAUGGACCUAGUAGAGCUAACUGGUCUGAGGAAUGCAAUUGUGGGCAUUCCUGGGGCAACAGGCCUAUCAGCUGAACAAAGAAAAAGACUUACAAUAGCAGUGGAACUUGUCGCUAGCCCCGCCAUUAUGUUCAUGGAUGAGCCAACAACUGGUCUAGAUGCUCGUGCUGCAGCAAUUGUCAUGCGUACAGUGCGAAAGAUGGUGAACACUGGGCGUACUGUUGUCUGCACAAUUCAUCAGCCAAGCAUCCAGAUAUUCGAAUCUUUUGAUGAGGUAUGA